AUGGCAAAGACAUACGGUGACUUUGAUGUAGGCCUACUAAGUAAAGAAAUGGAUGCAGAGCUAUAUCUACUUUAUGAUGAAGAUAUUUUAAUUUCAUUGGAUCUCUCCUCUCUGGUACCUGCAACUGAACAAGAUACUGAAAUGAUUUACGAGCUCAAGAAAUCAGAUAUGGAGGGCCUUCCUCCACCGCAGACCCCUGUCUGUGCCCCGGAGUCCAAACCUGAAGCAAAGAGAUUUAGAUCUAUGUCAGAAGUUGAGUUAAAGCAGUUUCAGGAUGCCAGACAUUCUAAAUCUACUAAAAGAAACACAAAGUGGGGAAUUCAACUGUUUCAAGAUUGGCAUGUGGAGGUUUUUGGUACCCCAUUGGAUUUUGAAAAAGUAGAAAUUGAUGAACUUGCCAACAAACUAAGAAAAUUCUUCUGCGAAGCAAAACCGAAAGAAUCAAAUAAAUCAAAAUAUAUGAUGGAUGCUCAAAGUGGUUAUUACCACAAAAACACACUGAAAAAUAUCAGAUCAGCAAUAAACCGCCAUCUGCAGGACAUAGGUCGUUCCAUAGACAUUGUGCGAGAUAAGGAGUUCAAGUCCACCAAUCAGACAUUAGACGGAAUGUUGAAAACUAUGACCAAAAUUGGCGCUUCGAGACCCACUAAACACAAAGACAUUAUAAAUUUUCAAGAUCUUCAGAAGAUAUCCUCAUAUCUGCGCGCAGCCACUUUUUCUCCACUUGUCCUUCGACAGUGUGUUUGGUAUCACCUAUCCAUCCACUUUGUAACGCGCGGCUUGGAGUUCCAUCAUCAGUUACGUCGUGAUUCCUUUCAGUUCCACUAUGACGAGAAUGGUCUCGAGUAUGUCACAUUGAGGCAGGAAACGCAGCAAAAAAAUUUCAGGGUGGCAUAG